GAAGAGAGAGCCUGACCUCGGACACGGACUCAAUGCCCAACCCCAAGCCAGGCAAGCCCUUGGCCCCUUCCAUGGUGCUCAGCCCAUCCCCAGGAGCCUCAACCAGCUGGAGGGCUACACCCAAGGCCUCAGACCUGCUGGGGGUCAAGGGCCUGGGGGCAAGCUUCCAGGGCCGGGACCUCCGAGGUGGGGCACAUGCCUCCUCCUCCUGCUUGAACCCCAUGCCACCAUCACAGCUGCAGCUGCCCCCAGUGCCCCUCGUCAUGGUGGCACCCCCUGGAGCACGGCUGGGUCCUUCACCCCACUUGCAGGCGCUCCUCCAGGACAGGCCACACUUCAUGCACCAGCUCUCAACAGGGGAUGCCCAUACCCGGACCCCUGUGCUGCAGGUGCACCCCCUGGACAGCCCAGCUAUGAUCAGCCUCCCACCACCCACAGCUGCCACUGGGAUCUUCUCUCUCAAGGCCCGACCUGGCCUGCCACCUGGGAUCAAUGUGGCCAGCCUGGAGUGGGUGUCCAGGGAACCAGCACUUCUCUGCACCUUCCCAAGCCCUGGAGCACCCAGGAAAGACAGUACCCUUUCAACCGUGCCCCAGGGCUCCUACUCACUGCUGGCAAAUGGCGUGUGCAAGUGGCCCGGAUGUGAGAAGGUCUUCGAGGAGCCAGAGGACUUCCUCAAGCACUGCCAGGCAGACCAUCUCCUGGAUGAGAAGGGCAGGGCACAGUGUCUCCUGCAGAAGGAAGUGGUGCAGUCUCUGGAGCAGCAGCUGGUAGUGGAAAAGGAGAAGCUGGGUGCUAUGCAGGCCCACCUGGCUGGGAAGAUGGCCCUGACCAAGGCUCCAUCAAUGGUGUCAUCUGACAAGGGCUCCUGCUGUGUGGUAGCUACUGGCACCCCGGGCACCACCAUUCCAUCCUGGCCCAGCCCCCAGGAGGGCCCCAAUGGCCUGUUUGCUGUGCGGAGGCACCUCUGGGGCAGCCAUGGACAUAGCACGUUCCCAGAGUUUUUCCACAACAUGGACUACUUCAAGUUCCACAACAUGCGGCCCCCAUUCACCUAUGCCACCCUCAUCCGCUGGGCUAUACUGGAGGCUCCUGAGAAGCAGCGGACACUCAAUGAGAUCUAUCACUGGUUUACACGUAUGUUUGCCUUCUUCAGAAACCACCCUGCCACCUGGAAGAAUGCCAUCCGCCACAACCUGAGCCUGCACAAGUGUUUUGUGCGAGUGGAGAGUGAAAAGGGGGCUGUGUGGACCGUGGAUGAAUUUGAGUUCCGCAAAAAGAGGAGCCAGAGGCCCAGCAGGUGUUCCAACCCCAUACCUGGUCCCUGACCUCAAAACCAAAGAAAGAAGGAAGGAAGAACAGGGGCCAAAAUGUGGGGCAAAAGUGGCCGGGGACAGGGUUAACAGGCCCUGGACAUGCCUGCGGGAACCAAGAAGUAUGUGUGCUGUCUUGCCUGCCUGGGACCCUACUACCCAGCUGACUACCCCCCUGGAUCUUAUGCUCUGCACCAAGGCUGCUCAGAGGGGCCCCAGCCCUGCAACCCCACCCCCAACCA